ACAUCAUAAUUUAUGCAAUUCAAAAAAAUAAAAUUAGGCCUUUCUUCUAAUUAUAUAGAAUUCCGUUUUGAUCGUUUGCCUAAAUCAACGAAAUUCAAAUGUCGCUUAAAGGUCGCUAUGUAGGGAGCUAUAAAGUUCAAGACAUUUUAGGUCAAGGAAAUUUUUCGACAGUUUAUCUUGCUGUUCAUGAACUUCUAGGAACUAAGGUGGCUCUCAAAGUAAUUAAUCGUCAUGACAUCAAAGAAGAAUACGUAUCGCGAAAUCUUGAUAGAGAAGCUAGAAUUCUUGCGCAAUUAGACCAUCAAAAUAUCAUUAGAUAUUAUGAAACGAUAGUGUUUAAUCAGUAUUACUGUUUCUCACUCGAACUCGUCAGGGGCGUCAAUCUCUGCCAUUAUCUAAAGAGACAGAUCGGUAAUAAAAUACCGGAAAGAAUUUCCAGAUUGUUUUUCUAUCAGAUGGCAUCAGCUGUAAAACAUAUGCAUCAUUCACAGAUACUGCAUAGGGAUCUCAAACAUGAGAAUAUACUUAUAGAGCAUGAAAGAGUAGUAAAAAUUGUAGAUUUUGGACUCAGUAACGUGUAUUAUCCCUGCUACCGAUUAAGAACUCAUUGCGGAUCCGUGGAUUAUGCUGCCCCCGAACUCUUCCGAAAUAGAUCAGUCUACGGAAAACCUGUCGACAUGUGGAGUUUAGGAGUCAUCCUAUAUUCGAUGGUUAUUGGUAAAAUGCCUUUUGCCAUACCUAAAGGUGCUUUGGAUUCUGAGCCACCUUCACGUAAAAAGGAGUUAUUUAUCAGAAGGAUAAACAAAGGAUUAACUCAAGAAAACUGGGAGCAAAUGGAAUUAUUAUCCACUGAAUGCUGGCACUUGUUAGACAGUUUGCUGCAACCGGACCAGUUCAAGCGCCUUCAUGCCGAGGAAGUUUUAGUGCAUCCAUGGUUUACGAGAAAUCCUUAUUUCAAUAGCAGAUUGUCAAGGGAGCCACAGGAUCUCGCAAAGAAAUAUCACCAUGAAGUUGUGAAAUAUCUUGCCAACAAAUUGCAUAUUUCAAAAGAAUCUCUGGCUGCACGUCUGAAGAGCAGCAACAGGGCUGCUGCACUGUAUUUUAUGGUUCGUGACAGUUUAGUGAAAGAUAGUCUCUAUCCACCAAGAUUGUAUGAAGACUCUUUUCUUUACCAUUUCGAGUGCUGGAAGAAGGUUUAUUCUCAUGCAGAACAAGAAGAAAUUGAAAAAUAUAGGAAAUUAUUAUCCAAAAAUGAAUUAAGUAUGCCUUACAGACCAUAUCGAGAAGAUAAUGAAAAAACCCAGGGUGCUGACCGUGCUACAGAUAAAUUUAUACUUAAUGGGAGAACAGACGACUUAAAUCCCCGGAUCGAAAAGGAAUUUACAGUAGAAAGCACAGUACAAGUCACUAGUGCCAGACAAAAUCAAGGAAGAAAUGCAAUGGGUUUUCGCAACCCUCAAAUGCAGCAGACAUCGGUUAAAAUAUCAAAAACUACAAACCUAGCUAGUGGUGAUAACCAGUACAUUGCCCAAAAUCGAAGCGCAUUUUCUCAACCGUUUCGAUCAUACAAAGCGAAUCGGCCAACAAAUACGAAAUGUCUUCGGACUUCUCAAAACAACACACUAAAUGAAAAAUCUGACGCUGGCGAGAAAUUGGAAACCCGAAAUAUGAAUCACAAUGAUAUUGCAAAGGAAGCAUAUUCCAAUAAAUAUAUAACUAAAUCCAUUAAUACAGUUGAUGUAAAACCUAAUCAAAUUAAAACUUUACAAGAUGCUGUACCAGAAGAACCCCACUUGAGAGAGGCAGUUUCUGAUUCCAAAGAAGAUAACGACAAUACUUCGGCAAAUGCAAGGAAAAAUCAAAGUUUCCCGAAACAGAGAAGUAAAAUCCCAAUUCUAGACAUCCAUUGCCAAAGGUCACGAGAAUUUGUGCGAAAACCUCGACUAUGUAAUACCAUUCAUGAAAGUUACAAAAAGAACAACACUACAGAGAAAGCACAAAAUAGGAACUAAAUGACUGAAAAUGCUGCAAUUGCAGAGCAAAACUUAAUCCUGAAGUGCAGAGACAAAAUUUAUGUAUAAAUGGAACUGAAAUUCUUUUAAAUUAACAACUACAAAAUUAAACAAAAUCUGUUUCUAUGAAGAAAUUUUAACUUUAAAUUAUGCCUAACUUCUAUACUUUUGAUAACAAUUUGGAUCAAUUUUUUAUCAAUUUUGAAGGAAAAAAAUCAAAAAUUAAAUACACUGUUAAAAGAGUUAUCAAAUUCCUAAUAUCAAUCAGAAAGGUUUUAAGGUUUAAAAUUUUAAUUUAUUAUAGUCAUAAUUCAAAUAAAUUUUCAAAUUAAAUUAAAAAGGACUUUCAUAAUUAACAUUUUUUUAAACCAAAUGUAGGAAAUGCAUUAUAACCUUAAACUAUGAUUGCAUGAAAGUUCAAAAUCUAUAUAUGUUAUUUUUAGAUGUUUAUAUUAUAAAUAUAAAAUUUACACUAGAUUGUCUGCUUCUUUUAUUUUAAUACAAAUUUGUAUAUACAUAUACUAAUACAAAAACACAUAAGCAGUUUAAGUCAACAUUUUACAAAUACAUAUAGGUAUAUAUUUACAUAAAAGAAGCAUUUCCACUUUUAUAUCUUGCAGAGGAUAAGAUAAGCCAGUAUGCAAUUCAAAAUGCAGAUCAUUGCAUUAUAUGAAAAAAGAAUGCACAAGAUGAGGUAAAGUCAAGUAUUUUAGACCUUACAGAUCACAAUUAGUAAACAAAAUGUACAUAUAAUAUACAUAAUAUGACAGAGUAAAUCCACUAUCCAAAAAAUCUGUACAAGUUAUUUUUCACUCAUCAAUGUUUUUCUUUAAAAAAAUAUAACACUAAAUUCCAGUAAAUGUUAGAUAACAAAGCACUUUUUUAUUCCACAAAACUGAGUAUCUUAACUUAAUAAAAAUUAUUCUCAGUGUUGCAUUUUUUAAUAAGGGAGAAUUUUAAGAUUCAAGUUCAGAGUCUCAAAGGGAACAUGAGUAUAGCAAAGGCUAUAAUAAAAGUAAGUAACUGAUAUUCUAAUUAAAACUACUCAUUAUUAAUUUGAUUUACUAAAGAUUUAAACUGACUAGUGAACAGACUAAAUUCAUAAAUAUAAAAACUUCCUAAUAAUAUUUCAAGCAACAAUUUUAAUUUCUAAACUUUAAAUAAUUUUCAUUCUGAAAUAAAAAUAUAUUGAAAAACUAAGUGCCAAUCUGAUGUGGUUCUUUCAAUUAAAUUUCAAUAGCUCUGAAAACUGUAUGCAAAAAUUUAAAUUAUAUUAACUAAACAAACAAAAAAAAAAAAAAAAAAAGCUGAGGUUAUUAAUUUGAGGGGGUAUUAAUUUAAGGGAUAAAAUGGCUGCACCUGAAUAAAAACUAUUGCCAACAUUAAAAUUCUAUUAUUACUGAAAAUUUUACUUUAAAAAUAUACAUUAAUGAUAAUAAAAUUUUAAAUAAAUCAAAUUUAAUAAAUAUACUACUUAUAAAGAAAUUAAGCAGUAUACAGUUAUGAAAAUUAUGAAGUGCAUGAAAUACUCAGAAAUUCAAUUUAUGAAUGGUAUGGAUAGGGUUACACAACCUUUUUAUAAUCAAGACUGGUAUGAACAAAAUAUGAAUUAAAGGUACUGAAAUUUAAAAUAAUAAGACUGAAAUAUCAUUAGUACUGCAUCACAACCAUGCUUAGAAUACAUAUAAUAUUUUUGAUAGUAUGCUGUAGAAAUACUUUCAUGUCUAAUAAAUAUUAGUAAUACAAAAUAUAUACAUUUCACUGGUUAAAAAAGUGAAGUACUUUAUUGUACAAACAAUUUGAUAAAAGCACAAAAUAUAUACUUACAGCAAAGCAAGGAUCAUUUUGAGUUUUAAAAUAACU